CUGCAUACCGAAUACCGUCGCCCGCCCGCCUACCAGUGAAGUUCUGCUUUGCUUUGCUCCAAGAGAUUGAUUGUGUACACCGGAUAAGAGGAGCCAGCGAAAAAGAUGUCAAAAGUGGACCAGGACCCCAACGCCUCGUUGAGCAUCAUGGAGCAAAUCAAGCAGCUAAUCCGGCCGCCGCCCAACGAAGACGAGAAGCUGGUGCAGCGGAAUAGUAACACGAAGCAUCCGUACUACAGGCGACCGGGAAGGGGCCACAACCACGACUACUGCGACGCCUGCGAGGAGGGCGGCAAUCUGCUGUGCUGCGACCGCUGUCCCUCGAGCUUCCACCUGCAGUGCCAUGAUCCUCCGCUGAGUGAGGAGGACAUUCCCAGUGGCCAGUGGCUGUGCCACAGCUGUCGCAUGGCCAAGGUCUCCCAGCCGCCGGCUACAUCCUCCAAGGCCAGCUCUGUGGAGCGCGUCCCGUCGGCGGGCAGUGGAUCGCGGGCAAAUACGCCUUCCUCCGGCGAUUUGGAGUCCAUACCGCUAAAGAUCCGCAACCUGCGCAAACGCAGUAACAGCGAACGCAACAGCACUGAGAAGCUGCUGGCCAAGAUGCCGUUGGCCAUACAGCGGGCCCUCGAUCCCAACAAGAAGCCGACGCCGCUGGACGAUGUCAUCCGGGCGGCCAGCAUGCUAAAUCCGCAGCAAUUUUCCCUGCCACCGGAACUGGAACUGCACACCCAGUUCCCGGGAAACGGCAAGGUGCAGCCCAUCCAGCAGACUCAUCCGCCGAGCGGCAAUGGCGGGCACCGCAAGUGUGCGGGCAAUCAGCGCCGCAACUCCAAGCCCUUUGAACUGGACGCACAGGGGCUGGUGCCGCUGCCCGCCAAGACCUGCUUUUAUUGCACGCGCUCCUGCAAGCGGGCGCCCCUAAUCUCCUGCGACUACUGUCCGCUGUACUAUCACCAGGAUUGCCUAGAUCCCCCAUUAACGGCACUGCCAGCUGGAUUGUGGAUGUGCCCCAAUCACGCCGAGAACUUUAUAGAUGCCAACAUGACCAACAGCAUUUCGGCCACGGAGCGGGUGCGCCUGUGGAAUCGCUUCCACCAGCCGCUGGACCACGAAAACGUCAAGCUGGAGUUCUUCCGGCGGGUCAACACUCGCAAUCCGCCCUUCCGCACCAAGACGAACAUGCGUGCCCGCGCCCACAUCGAGGUGCCGGCCAUCGUGCGCUACCACUACGAGCAUCCGCCGGCGCUGCUGCCCUCCAUGCGCCAAACCCUGCGCUACGAUUGGGUGAAGCGUCGCAAGAACCUGCCCACUGAAGUCGAGGAGAUCUCCCGGGAGUCGGUCACCGAAUCACUGCUCAAGGAUCUGGAGGCAUUGCGCACAGCUCACGCCAAGUUCCGGGAGAUUCAACGGGAAUAUGGCAGCGUGGAAACGGCGUUGGAGGAGGAUAGUGACACAGACCCCAGUCCAGAGGAUCCCGAGCUCGAAACAAACUCUCCUGGCGAAAAGGUGAAUGGUGGUGGCGCAGAUCCAGAGACUACAAAAACGGAAGCGGAUGCACAGGCCAAAGAUCAGCCUUCGGUUAUUAAGCAGGAGUCCAAGGCCAGUCUGGAGCUGGAGGUCAGCUUCGAGGAGGAAGAGGAGGACAACAAGGCGGGCAUCAUAGAUGCGGACCUCUCCCAUCUGGACGUGGACAUCAUCAAGAAGCUGGCCCACCAACGGCUGCAGCAGCUGGUCGAAGAGCACCCCGAGAUUGUGACGCAGUACAAGAAUCGCACGGCCGCCCGUCGACUGCGGCAGCUGGCAUCUUGCGAGGGAUCGGAUGUGGCCGGAGAAACAACUGGACUCCAGAGCCAACUGGCACCGGAGGACAUGAACCGCUUCUCGCUGCUCUUCACCAGCGAAACGUCCUCGAUUUUGGCGCAGAAGAACGGCAAUGCAGCCGACGAGGAUCCCGCCAUGGCUCUGCAUCCGGCCUUGGCUACGGCGGCGGCGAUUGCAGCAGCGGACGCGGCUGCCGAGAGCUACGUGCCGCGUGCCCGCAGCGACACGGAGAAGGCCUACGAGCUUGCCUCGCGGCUGGAGCUCAAACUCCUGCAGUGCAAGGUGCAGGCACGGGCGGUGAUCACGCCCCUGGGCGACAUGCUCGAGGACAGCCGUUGGUUCAGCUCCCUGGGGCUGGACCACUCGAUCUUCAUGCGCUACCGAACGCUGUACGUCGGCUACGGCGGCCACUACUCGCCGUCGACGACGCUGGGGCAAACGGAGACUGUGGACCUGUCGGCGAUCGGUUACUGCUGCCGCAUCUCGCCGCAGCACGCCAUCAUCUUCUACGACGAGUUCUCCAAGUCGUACGAGCUGAUCAACUACUCGGAGUUCGGAACGGAGGUCAAUGGCCAGCUGUACGCCUGCGACCUGACCGACAGGAUGCCCACACACGCCGGCAAGCGGAUGCGGCCGGACGAUACGGAGCUGAAGAGGCGAGUCGACGACCUGCUCGACAAGCGGCGGCACAUCCAUCGCCAGUUCAAGACGCAGAGGAGCGGCGAGGACAGAUUGGCGCCCAUUGUAAAGCCCGCCUGCCGGUGCACGAACGCCGGACCCGUGCCCAUGGUACCCGGCGCCUGGGAGGGAUCGGCUGUGCUGGCCCACGGCAGCCUGCUGCGCUUCGGCUGCCUGUCGUUCGUGUUCUCGGUGCCGUCGAUGGACCUGCUGCAGGCGCAGGCGCGCAGCAAGCGAUCGUAGGAUCAGGCAUCGGAAGGCAGCAGCUGAACUUAGUUUAAGCAUACACACACACAGACACAAAUCAACUCCAGUGGAGCAGCGCCAAUCUCAGUGGGGCAGCUAGUAGCCAGUAGCCAGGUUAGGGAUAGCAUUCAAGUGAAAUCAUCUCAAUCAUCAUCGCAAUAUUACACUUCGACUUCACAUGUCUCACAUUUUAAAACACACUCAAAUCCUCCCAUUUUAAAGUUAAGUACAUUCGCCAUAUGAUUAUUACAAGAAAGCGGAUUAUGUCGUCGAAAGGGUGAGCCAUCUGGGGAUCCAAUGCUACCGGUAGCUGGCCGCCUUUGGUUGGAGCACCUUUCAGACCCCGAGCUCCGUGUUUACGGAUUUAAUCAUUGUGUUUCGGAUGAUUCUUUGCCUCCAUUAAUUUUAUUUCUAAUUGUAUAAAAGUUGUAUAAAUUGCAAAAAUGAAAUAAACUUGUAAGGAUUA